AUGACGGCCGGCAACGAAAAAGACACAGCCGACGCCAUCACGCCCGCGGAAGCUCGAAACAACAGCCGCAGCAGCGCCAGCAUCGAGGGCGUCAAGACGGGCAGCGUCGAGGAUCAGAACGAAGUGUUCAAGCGGGGCGAGGGCCUCACAGACUUUCGCACCGUGGGCUGGGUGCACGCGUCGGUCAUCUUCCUCAAGGUCAUCUUCGCCACGGGCGUGCUGACCAUCCCGUCGGCCAUGUUCGUGCUGGGCGCCAUCCCCGGGGCCAUCAACGUGCUCGGCUGGCAGCUGCUCAACACGCACUGCGCCAUCGUCCAGGGCGACUUCCGCAACAACCACGCCGGCUGCCACAGCAUCGCCGACAUGGCCCACGUCGUCGGCGGGCCCUGGCUGCGCGAGGCCGUCGGCGUCCUGUUCCUGGCCACCUUUGCCAUCGUCGGCGCCUCGGGCGUGUUCGGGUCCAGCGUCGCCCUCAACGCCCUCAGCGGCCACGCCGUCUGCACGAAUUGGUUCAUGGCCGUGGCGACCGUCUCCGUCUUUCUGCUGGCCAGCGUGCGCAAGUUUGAAAAGAUCGCCUGGCUGACCUGGGCCGGGUUCCUGUCCGUCUACGUGGCCGUGUUCGUGGUCGUCGUCGGCGUGACGCAGCUCGACCGGCCCGCCGCCGCGCCAAAGACGGGUGAUUUCGACCUCGGCUUCCGGCUGGUCGGCGACCCGAGCUUCGUCGCGGGCAUAACCUCGGUCGCGACCAUCUUCUGCUCCGGCGCGGGGACCUCGGCCUUCCUGCCCGUCAUGUCCGAGAUGCGGCGGCCUCGCGACUUCAGCAAGGCCGUCUACCUGUGCAUGGGCAUCGUGACGGCGUCGUACCUGACCUUUUCGCUGGUCGUGUACCGAUACUGCGGCAAGUGGGUUGCGUCGCCCAGCCUGGGCAGCGCGGGGGACGUGGUCAAGAAGGUGGCCUACGGCAUCGGGCUGACGGGCCUGCUCGUCUCGGCCUGCCUGUACGUCCACGUCGCGGCAAAGUAUGUGUUUGUGCGUCUGCUGCGCGACAGCCCCCACCUGCAGCGCGACUCGGUCGUGCACUGGUCCGUCUGGCUCGCCUGCACGGGCGCCAUGUCGGUCGUGUCGUUCCUGCUCGCCUCGGGCAUCCCCAUCUUCAACUACCUGCUCGCUCUGGCGGGCAGUCUGACCUUUGCGCCGCUGGCCCUGGGUCUGCCGGGGUACCUUUGGGUCUAUGACCACCAGGCUUACAGGACCGGCAGCUGGUGGCAGCAGGUGGCGUACUGGCUCAACUGGCUCAUGAUUGGGUUGGCUGUCUUUUUGACCAUCGGAGGGACGUAUGGAGUUGUGCAGAACAUUAUUGAUGCGUACGCUCAGGGGCUCAUCGGAGGGGCGUUUUCGUGCGAGGAUAACGAUCGCUAA